UAUUUUUUCUAAACGAAGAAAUAUUAACAUUUACUGAAGGCCGGACCUCUGAAAUAAAAUCUGGUCGGAACAGAAUCCUCCCGGAACGUUUCAUUCUUCGUCGCCGUCGCCGUUGUUUUGUUCGGGAUCUUCAAACUCUCAUUCGAUUUCUUUUGAAGUCCUUGUUAUUGAAGACGAACCAUCGCUUAGUUACGAGUUCAAUUGAUCUGCGUUCCAUUUGCGGAGUUUGUGUGCAGUUUUGAGCUUUAGAGCGUCAAUGGGAGGCGGUUAAGCUUAAAAGGUAUGCGGAGGAGGAAGAAGAUGAAGCAAUGCUUCGGCUUCUUCUUCUUCUUCUGUUGAUUCAUGGCCUCCUCUCAGCACCGCUGUGUUUUCGUCGGGAAUAUACCUUAUGAUGCUACUGAAGAACAGCUUAUAGAAAUCUGCCAAGAAGCUGGGCCCGUAGUAUCGUUCAGAUUAGUUAUUGACAGAGAAACUGGAAAACCAAAAGGCUAUGGGUUUUGCGAGUACAAGGAUGAAGAAACAGCUUUGAGUGCUCGUCGUAAUCUUCAAGGUUAUGAAAUUAAUGGUCGGCAGUUACGAGUUGAUUUUGCUGAGAAUGACAAGGGCGCAGACAGAAAUAGAGAACAGGGUCAUGGUGGACCUGGAUUGGUUGCAAAUUCUGGUGGCCCAACAGCCCUUGGGGAAUCCGGUCAACAUCAACCAAUUGGUCUUCAUAUAGCUAUAACUGCUGCAGCUAUCAUGGCGGGAGCCCUUGGGGGUGCACAAGCUGCUUCUAAUCAGAAUAUUUUGCAGAAUGCAACAAUUUCCAAUGAUCCUUUAACUUUACAUCUGGCUAAACUUUCUAGGAGUCAGCUUACUGAAGUUAUGUCAGGGCUAAAGGUAAUGGCUACACAAAACAAGGACUUGGCCCAUCAGCUGUUGCUGGCAAAACCACGAUUAUCAAAAGCUCUUUUCCAGUCACAGAUAAUGCUUGGAAUGGUCACUCCACAAGUGUUGCAGAAGCCUAAUUUACGUCAACCUUCUACUCAUCCUCAGCUUCCUUCGCAUGAAAUUCAGCAGGGUCAGCCAUCGUCUCUUCAAAUUCAACAAGGGCUGCCCCCUCUUGCACCUAACAGGAUGCAGACUGGUUUUGUACCUAAAAAGGAAACUCAAAUGUCUCUCACGCCUCAAAAUCCUUCAGCUCCCCAUCAGCCUUCUGCAUCUGCAUCCCAAUGGCCUCCAUUUCAGUCUCAAAUUCAGCCAUCACACAUUUUACAAGGCACUUUGACCGGAAUACCUGGAGGCUCAUCACUUCCUUCCACAAGUUUACAGAUUCAGGUGCCCAUCUCCUCUUCUUUAAAGCAGCACAUUCACCCCCCUUCUCAACAAUAUUCAGGGCAUGGCCGGGCUCUAAUUCCAGGGCAUAAUGCUCAUAUUGCUGAUCCAGAAGCAAAACCUUCUCUUUUGCCUCACCCUUCUUUAUCAGAUGCAGACUUUCAGCCUGGCCCCGCCACAGCGAAUAGUACAUCUCAGAUAGUGGGCAGUGAUAUUGAUAAGUCUUCUCUAGUUCCUCUUGGUGUGGAUGGUAAAAGAAAUAUGCUUCAUGGCUUUUCAGGAACAACUAAUCGCCCUGUAAAACAGAUAAAAUUAGAGGAUGGAAAAGGCAUUCCUUUCUCCUCCGGAGGUCUAAGUGCAUCGAUAGGUACCAACGGAUCUGGACAGCUUGGAAUUGCCUCAGAUCCCCAUCUGGCGGGAACGCAUAUCUCUGAGAAACCAACUUCAGUGCUUCCCCACAACGCGGAGUCGGUACUAUUGCAACAAGUUUUGAGUCUAACUCCCGAACAGCUUAACUCGUUGCCACUCGAACAGAGACGACAAGUUAUUGAGCUUCAGCAAGCACUUCGCAGAGAUCAAAUGCGACCAUCUUAGCAAGAAUAUUGCCUCUGAUCAACCCGACACUCUCUGCAGCUCGGCUCCAAGCAACCAAUGCCGACGACAGUGGCAGGUAACAAAUUCAGCUAAGUAGAUUCUAAAAUAUUUGGCUCCAGAAAGAUUCACAGUCGAAACGCCUUGCUUGUCGAAUGGGUUGAAAGUGACGGGUCCUGCCACAAGGGGUAUGAGUUGUCCAUAAACAACAUUCAUGUAACGGUUACAAGUUUUUGAUUAUAGUGAUUCCUGAAUAAUAACAAAUUUAGAUAGGGCAGAAAGAUCCAACGGUUGAAGAAUUUUGAUUUU